AUGCAACAUCUUCUUUACGGUCAUGGCUCUCUACCACUUCCUCUCUUUUGGGUAUCAGAGGGAUCUACUGUUCUACGUUUAUGCGUCAUCUUUCUUAUGAACACGGCUCUCUACCACUUACUCUCUUUUGUAGUCCAUUUUUUUCUUUCUAAUUCGCUUAAUUUUUUUUUAUUUUUCAUUUUAUCCGUUUCCUUUUUCACUCUUUGUUUUCUUUCCUUUUUCUUUCUUUCUUUCGUUCUUUCUUUUCGUUAUUGUUUUCUUCCUCUUUCUCUUAGAUCUUAUUGUAUUGUUUACCUUUUUCCUUUCUUUCUAACUAAUCAUUUACUCAUAUUUCCUGUCAAUCAAAUUUCGCUACUGCUCCUUUCUUUCUUUCUUUCUUUCUUUCUUUCUUUCUUUCUUUCUUUCUUUCUUAAAUCCAGCAUUACUCUUCUUUCUUUCUUUCUUUCUUUCUUUUCGUUGCUUUUCUUUUCCUUCUACUCUUUCUUUCUUUGCUACUCCAUCGUGAUUAUGUUCUUUCUUUCUUUCUUUUUCAUUAUUCUUAUCCCAUUACCCUACCUGUCUUUAUUAACUUCUUCUUUUCCUAAUUCCUAUCUUUCUAAUCUCCUAGCUGCUUCUUUUUUCUUUCUUUCUUUCUUAUUUUCAUUUUUCUUUCUUUCUUUUCUUUCUUUUCUUUCUUGCUUAGUUUAUUAUUAUUUUUUUCUUCGAUCUUUUUGUUGGAUUUUUCUUUCUUUCUUUUUCUCCUCUUUCUUUUCACAUUUCCUUAUUUUUCUAAUCUUGCUUUCAUUCUCCCCUUUGGGUUUUUUGAUCUUGACUCGUUUUUCUUUUUUCUCUCUUUCUAACUCUCCGUUUUUUUUGGGUUUUUUUUUUGCAUUUUAUUUGUUUUUCUUUCUUUCUUUCUUUCUUUCUUUCUUUCUUUCUUUCAGUCUUUUGAUCAUGUUUUCGCUUCUCUUUUUAAUUAUUUCCCUUGUCUGCGUCAUUCUUUUUUCAUUAUGCUUUCUUUUCUUUCCUUUGUCACCCUACUUUGCUCUUUUCCUCUAA